AUGCCGAAAAAGAUGGGAGUUAACAGCAAAGCCGAGGCGGCUAGGGCUAGAAAGAGCGCGGCGGAAUCCGAUCGCAAGGAUCGGGAAACGCGGGAGAAGGAAGAGCAGUACUGGCGGGAAGCUGAGGGUGCCAAGUCCCGCGCCGCCAAGAAGAAGGAGGAGGAAGCCGAGAAGCGCGCAGAAGCCGCCGCUCGUAAGGCUGAGGCCAAACGUUUGGCUGAGCUGGAGGAGAAGGAAUUGGAGAAGGCUCUGAAGAAGCCGGAUAAGAAGGCCAAUAGAGUUGCGGUUCCGUUGCCCAAGGUCACGGAGGCUGAGCUUCGGCGUCGUAGGGAGGAAGAACAGGCGGCGAUUCUGAGGAAGGCUGAAGAGGAGAAGAGGAAGAGCAGCCGUACCGCCGCGGAGGAGGAGUACGAGAGGAUGGUGCUUGUUGAGAAUAGAAACCGUGAUGACUCCAUUCUUGAGGCCAGUACUAUUGAAGAAGCCAUUGCUCAGAUGACCGUCGCCGAUAGUUUGCCUGUAGAUAAGCAUCCCGAGAAGAGACUCAAGGCUUCUUUCAAGGCUUUUGAAGAAGCUGAGCUGCCGAGGCUGAAAGAAGAGAAACCGGGUCUCACACAUACUCAGUACAAAGACAUGAUCUGGAAGCUGUGGAAGAAAUCUCCUGACAAUCCUCUUAACCAGUAUCUACGCGACUUUUUCGGGACCGACGUCGUGGUUUCUGCUGUUAAUGGAUCAUAUAUACCGACUGAAGUUUGUCCUUUUGCCUUCUUGUAUGAGAUAUGGACAACCCCUGGUUCGGGGAGAAAGAUCAUGGGAGGACUUGUAGUUACUGGCUGGAAGUACAGCUGGAUUGAUGGACUUAAAAGCACCUACCAACCAUUAGCAAGUGCCCAGAACAAUCAAAGGGUUGGGAGUAAGAAGAGAACAAUCAUUAUUGGUCUCAAGUCUGAUAACUACAGUAGAGAAAUUCUACUUCGCCUGCUUAAUGUAGUGGUGGUUCCAGGAGACAAUGUAUUGGCCAUUCAUGUCAAUGAUGGGAACAGUAACUUUGAUGCCAACACUUUCCACAUCCAUGAAGAUCUCUGCAAGUCUAAGCAGGUGGAUUUCCAAGUGAAAGUUUGCAUUGGCAGUUGCUAUAUAGCUGAACUGAGUCACCAAGUUCGGAUACAUUACGCCACAAUUCUUGCAGUGGGAUGCAGUAGCCCAUGGCCUAAAGAUUCAAAAAUUAAUAAAUAUUUAAAGGCAUUGCCUCCAAGUUGCUCACUUCUGGUUAUGGAUCACGGAGGCAGAAUGUUGACGCAGAAGUGGGGAACUUCUCAACAAGGUUCUCCAGCAAGUAGAGUAGUCCUCCGCCGGUUGUCUGCACCAUUUGUUUCUGAAUUCAGUUCCCAAAGACGAUCAGAAAGUGGAUGUCAUCUCCAAAAGUCACUCACAGUGCCCUCUUCCUCGGGUUCAUCACCUACAGAGCAAGCUGCAAAUGAAAGAAAACUGCUGGGUGUGAGAAAAAAUAUGAGCAUUCCACAGGUAACUCACAAAUUGUUUGAAAAACUGGCUACUUUAGAAGUCAAAGGUUAUAGCAGACGCUUUUCUCAAGAAGAACUGAAGUUGGCCACCAAAGAAUUUUGUCUUGAGAUGUUAAUUGGGGAAGGAGGGUGUAGUAAGGUGUAUCGAGCUAUCCUUGAGGAUGGCCAGGCAGCAGCAGUCAAAGUACUGAAUGAUUCACCGAACUCCGAAGAGGAUCUUUUGCGGGAGGUGGAAAUACUGAGCAGUUUGAAUCAUGAAAACAUAAUUCGGCUUCUGGGAUUUUGCUACUGUAAAGAUUUGCGGGCUGUUGUGUACAUUCUACUCAAGGAAAGUCUGAGGCAGAAACUUAAACAGCUUAACUGGGAUGAGAGAAUGCAACUUGCAAUUGGUGUAGCCAAGGCUUUAGAUUACCUCCAUUCCUUUUGUCCUCCUAUCAUACACAGGGAUGUGAAAUCCUCUAACAUCCUUCUAUGUGAGAAUAACAAACCACAGCUCUCAGAUUUUGGAGCUGCAACUGUGUUACAUCAAAACCAUCCAGCAUCAUCACCUGUAAUCACGAAGCCGAUUCAUGUGGUUGGAACUUUUGGAUACCUGGCACCCGAAUACAUGAUGUAUGGCAGAGUUGAUGAGAAGAUAGAUGUGUAUUCUUAUGGGGUUGUACUUUUGGAGCUCAUCACUGGGAAGGAGGCUAUUCAAACAAAAUCAUCAUGUUUAUCUGGUCAAGAAAGCUUAGUGUUAUGGGCAAGGUCACUUCUGAGCAGCGGUCUGUAUGAGCGCCUCAUUGAUCCUAACCUGGAGGAAAAGUACGACAAAGAUGAGAUGAAAGUGAUGAUGAUCGCGGCUCGGUUGUGUCUUUUGCAUUCAUCAUCUAGAAGGCCCACUAUGAAGACGGUGUUGCGCCUGUUGGAGGAGCCGGAGAAUUGGCUAGAGAUGCAGAGAAAUAGAGAAGAGCUCCUAAAUGGGAACAACACAGCUACAACGAUUAGUAGUAGUAAUGGUCAAAUAGAGAUAAACGAAGAUUCAUUGUUGAACGAAACUCUGUUGGGGGAGGAUAACUAG